UUCGACGUUGCCGUAAACUGCUCGAAGAGGAUGAUGGUUAAUGUAGUAAAAUAGUGGGCACGUGGGCUGCCGACUGCGUAGUUGAUUCUGGUGGGAAAAAUGGCGGGUCUGGAGCUGCUGUCCGAUCAAGGAUACCGGUUGGACGGAAGAAAAGCCACCGAGCUGCGCAAAGUUCAGGCCCGCAUGGGGGUGUUCGCUCAGGCCGACGGUUCCGCAUAUCUGGAGCAGGGGAACACCAAAGCCCUGGCGGUGGUUUACGGCCCGCAUGAAAUUCGAGGUUCUCGUAGUCGAGCUCUUCAUGACAGAGCCGUCAUCAACUGCCAGUACAGCAUGGCCACGUUCAGCACGGCGGAGAGGAAGAGGAGACCGCACGGAGACAGGAAGUCCACGGAAAUGAGCCUUCACCUGAAGCAGACGUUUGAAGCUGCCGUGCUGACCGAGCUCUACCCACGCUCCCAGAUAGACAUCUACGUCAAGAUUCUUCAGUCCGACGGAGGAAACUACAGCGUGUGCGUGAACGCCGCCACGCUGGCAGUGAUCGACGCGGGAAUCCCGAUGAGGGACUACGUGUGCGCCUGCACAGUGGGCUUCGUGGAUGAAACCUCUCUUGCCGAUCUUUGCUAUGCGGAGGAGAGCGGAGGGGUGAGCUCUCUGGCUUUGGCGCUCCUGCCCCGGGGAGGACAGAUCGCUCUCGUCCAGAUGGAUGCCAGACUGCAUCAGGACCACCUGGACACUCUGAUUGAGGCGGCAAUGACUGCUUGUAAAGGCGUGAGCAAAGUUCUGGAUCAGGUGGUCAGGCAGCAUCUCCAGGAAGCUUCUACACUGCAGGAAUAAAGAUGGUGAAGGAAAAACGAAACAAAAGGAUUUCUUGGAUCAACACUCUAUUCUUAACAUUUGAUAUAUUUGUGCAUAAAGAAAUAAAUGUGAAUGUAUUGUUUCUUUGGGUUCUUAUAUGUUGUAUCAACUGAGAACUAAAGUGUUUUGUUCUAUAAAAUCUGUGAGAAACAACAUCAGUGCUUUAUAUAUUAAAAUAUAUUAAAGCUUUUCUUUCAGAA